UUCAUUUAAAACUGCGUACGUUUCAGGUUCGCUCAGUCGCUGUUUGUGUUCUUCUAUGAUGCGUCCGUCUAAAGCGGAGUUUAAAGAGUCUCUUCACUCUUUCCCACUCUGGACUUUAACUCUCUGCUUGGUCUCCGUCGGUUCCAUACCAGUUCAAGGUGAUUCUCAGGUGACUGGUUCACCUCAUCCAGUCGUGGUCGCUCUGGGUGAGGACGCUGUCCUGCCGUGCCAUGUGGAGCCUCCGGUGGAGACGGAGAAGCUGACGGUCGAAUGGUGGAGGCCUGACCUCCCACCUGAUCCUGGAGAUCCACUGAGCCAGUACAAGUAUGUUCACCGUUACCACAACAGUCAAGACAUGGAGGACAUGAAAAUGCCGUCGUAUGCCGGGAGGACAGAGCUUUUUAAAGGCGAACUGAAAGAUGGCAACGUGUCACUCAAGAUAAUUAAUGUUAAUGCCUUUGAUCAAGGCUGGUACAGAUGUUUCCUCCCUCUGCUGCAGAACACAAAAAGGGCAACAAGUAUCCAGCUUGUUGUUGGACCUCAGUCUGUUAAAACCAGUAGAACACAGACACCACCACCCUCAAGUCUCCAAACAAGACCAGCUUUGACUGAAGACACGAACAUUAAAGUAACCCACUCCUCUCCACUGUGGGGUGGUUUUAUCAUCAGGUGGUCGGCUCCAUGUAGGAACAUUUGCUGCUGCUGUAGCUUUCUUGGUGCUCGUCCUGGUUGGAGGAGGAGGUCUAUGGCUGUGGAAGCAGAAGUGUCCAACUAUUGUCAAACUCGUCUGCCAAGUGUGACACCGUUCUGCAUGCACCUGUUCUGAGACCUUGCUCAAGACCACGUGGCAUGUGGAUCUUCCCGUUUUCAGCACUGAAAGUGUGGACUGUGAUGAUAAAGAUGCAGAACUCUCUGACAUCGCCACCAGGAGCAGUGUGGAAGCUCGAUGUGGUGUCGCCAUCUUGGCUGGCGUCUGACUCCCCUCAGCUACCAGCUAAUUCAAAGAUGGACCAAGAGGUGGAGCGUGAGAAAAGUCAAAAGUGACCAAAUCUAUUCUUAGUACCAGUCUGUUUAUUUCUACUGUAAAGUUUUAACGUGGAGGUCUAUGAGGUCGGCUUCACGUUUCAACCAGGGAAGUUUUUUGGGUUUUUUUUGACUGGAACUCCUCCUCCUCCAGAACCAGUUGGACACAGUGGGCCGUCAUGGCUUGAAUGUGAACUAUGAUCCUUUGGGUUAAAGAUGGAUGCUUCAGGAUGAAGACGCCUUAUUGGAGGCCUGAGGUGGACUUCAAUCUAUAUAUGGGGACAAUUUAAACCCAAUGAGUCGUCUUCAAGAAAACUUUUGGACUACUGUGUGUUAUAUGUUAUUACUGUAAAUAAUGUAAUAAUAUAAAUGAUAAGAAUGUGAAUUAAUGCAAAUAACAUAACACUUGUUGUGAGAAGUGAAUCUAAAUGACAUGAUUUCCGUAAGUUAUUUGCACAAGUAAAUGCAACACAGCCCAGAUUAAAAACAUAAUCUCUGUACUGAAAGCUUGUACAGGUGUGUGCAGUGUUCAUUUAUGUAGCGUAGUAUGAAAAAGAAUUACUCACAGUUGAGCCUGAGGAUGGGCUGGUACUGGACUGAUUCUGUGCCUCCAAACUACUUUAACACUGAUCCUGGGCAAGUUUCACAUAACUGAUGAGUUGAUGUAGAAUGAACAUGUUCAUUUUACUUUCAUAAAUAACCAUGCUCUGCAGCAAACAAUUUGUGCAAAUAACAUAUCUCAAAUGGUACAUACAUACGCUUGCCAUGUUUGCUAGCAUGAUGUAUUGCUAGCAAACAUGACAGCACUUGCUAGAACAUUAGCAAAAACUACCAAAAGUCUUGAGGAUCACCAAGAUCUUUUAUGGUUAAACAGAUGAGUCUUCAUGUCCUUUUUCUCAGAAGUGGUUCUGGUCUUGGAACAUUUCUACCUAGUCUCUUUUGGUGGUUUUAUGGUGGAGUCAUGAACUCUGGCCUUAACUGAGGCUGCAGUUCUCUGGAUGUUUUUGUAGGGUCGUCCCUGAGCUCUUGGGGUAAUUUAGGUCGGCCAGUCUCUCCUGGGAAGGUUCACCAAAGUUGUUCCAAGUUUUCACCUUUUGUGGAUAAAGACUCUCACUGUAGUUCACUGGAGUCCCAAAGCUUUAGAAACAGCUUUAUAACAGUUUCCAUAGAUCUUAUUGACUUUCGGAUUUGUUCCUGAUUUGUUUUUUCUUUGGAUCUCAGCAUGAUGUCCAGCUUUUGAGGACCUUUUGGUCUACGUCACUUUGUCAGGCAGGUCCUAUUGAAGUGAUUUCUUGAGUGAGAACAGGUGUGGCAGUAAUCAGGCCUCAGUGUGGCUAGAGAAACUGAACUCAGGUGAUAAACCAGUGUUAGGUUGUAACAGGGAGGGGGCAAACACUUUUUCACACAGGGCCAUGUGGGUUUAGAUUUAUUUCCCACUUAAUCAUAAUAACUUUAAUUAAAAAAUUGCAUUUUGUGUUUA